AUGUGCCGGUUCAAGCUACAAAUUUGUCCCUAUCCUCACCAAGACCCAAUCUCUGCUCUGAUCUUCAACCCUAACAAGGCCGAUCACUGGGAGCGCUGUGGCAGACCACAACCCUGGGGCCACCUUAGUUGCGGCAAUCUCAUCGUCGAGCACCCGAAAAGCCGCUCACAAUCCGAAACAUGUCUGGCACAUGAACAUGCCCUCGCUACCCUCUCCAACGCCCCAGCUAGUACCAAACUUUACAAGCCAAUAGGAUCUACGCUCCUUCAGCGACGAUCUUCAACCGACAGUACCAUUGUCCCAAUUGACGCAGGCGAGAUCAGACCCGAAGGUAUACCAUGCUUAUGGUGUUCUACAGUUCUCAAGAUGGUCGCUACAAAGUCCAAGGAAAUUCAGAAGGAGGCAAGCAAAACAAUCGUCCAUUUGGAGAACAAAAUGGAUGGCAAUGCGGAGUUGAGAAAUAUACAACGAAAGAUCAUGGACAAGGAAACAGAGCUUGAUAUUUUGAGGCGUGAUGCGUGGAGAAGAGCAAGUACCUUGAUGGGUGGAACACUGGGCGAGUGA